CUCUAGCUCUCAUUGGCUUUCUGUCUCAGAUUAUUGUGCUACUGUAGUCUUUAGCUUCUCAAAACAUGUCUUACUCCUCAAGAAUGUCGAGUGGUGGUGGGCUGGGCCUCUCUAGUAGAAUGGGAGGCAGUGGGGCUAGGCUGGGGUUAGGUUUGGGGAUGGGGCUGGGAGCUGGGAUGGGGCUGGGAGCUGGGAUGGGGCUGGGAGCUGGGAUGGGGUCAGGGUUUGGCUUGGGUGCGGGAUCUGGGGGCGGACUAGGAUUUGGGGGUGCUCUGGCUAGUGGUGGUGGUGGUGGAGCGCUGAUGGCCAGCCCCGCGUUUGCCAUGGGCCGCACUAUGGCAUCAGGAGGAAUCAGCGCUGGUUCCGCACUGGCCAUAGGGCCUGCUUUGGGCCCCACCUUGGCCCCUGUGCUGACCCGGGCUGCUGAGAAGCACACCUUAUCUGGGCUGAAUGAGCGCUUCUCCUCGUACAUGGCCAAAGUGAAGGCCCUCCAGCAAGAGAACACUUAUUUGGAAGCCAGGCUGUCCCAACUGACCGGGGGUACUGAUAUGGGGCCGGAGGCCUCCAUAACCACGACAGAGUGCGAGACACAACUCAGCGAGUACCGCAUCACCCUAGAGGGCCUCACCCUCGACACCGUCAAACUGGAGAUUGAGCUUGACAACAUCCGUGGAUCAGCCCAUGAGCUCAAAGCCAAAUUUGACUUCGAACAAGGUGUGAAAUUCCAGCUUGAAUCGGACAUUGCUGCCAUGAAGAAGGACGUAGAGGUAGCAUCAGACCUACGCAUUGAUUUGGAUGCCAAGUACAGCAGCUUGAAGAAUGACCUCGAGUUUGUCACCAAGACACAGGAUGAGGAACUGUCCACUCUACAGUCCAAACUGGGGACUACAGCUAUGGACACGUCUGUGUCCAUGAUUGAGGUGGACACAGGCAAGUCCUUCGACAUCUCCUCGGCUCUCAACAAGAUAAGGAUGGAGUAUGAGAAGUCUGUGCAUCAACAUCGGGAGGAAGCCGACGCAUACUACAAGCUGAAGAUGGAUGAGAUGCAUGCCGUUAACGCCAAGAGUUCUGAGGCCAUCUCUUCCACUAAACUGGAGAUUGCUGGGUCUAGGAAAGAAUUGCAGACUCUUAGUUUAGAACUUCAAGGCCUGGUCUCUGCUAAUGUGUCCCUAGAGCAGAGCUUAGCGGAGGCCCAGGCUCAGUCCAGCGUGGGCCUGGCUGAGUACCAGGCUCAAAUCGUCAGCCUAACAUCAGCCAUUGAAGUGGCAAAAUCCGACCUCCACAAGCAGAUCUUGGCUUACCAAGAGCUUCUGGAUGUCAAGCUGGCUCUCGAUGUGGAGAUCUCUACAUACAGAAAGCUGCUUGAAGGAGAUGACCUCAAAUUGUCUGACACUGCCUUCACAGAAACCUCUUACACUUUCUCAGCUGCAGGUGGGAGUAUCCAGGUCAAAGAGAUUGUUACAGAACAUACGGAGACAUCAGUUAUUUCUGAAUCAGCGGAUGAAUCAGAAUCCAACUGAUCUUCUCUGGGUUCCCUGGAGGCUAGGUCUUCCUUCAGUCUAACCCAUCAGCUUUCUGUAUGACAAGCUCCUGUACCAAAUAAAAACGUAUCAUGAAC